CAUAAACUUCACUUUAAUCCGUCACGACUUUCAGUCAAAGACGCUAGAAGAUCACAAGUCGCAGAAUCAAUAAUCUACGAUCAUCUUGGACGCGGAAGGAAGGACGUAUGGAAGACACUUCCGUCCGUCUCCCCCGCCGCGCUCAUGGUACGGUCCACUCCGCCGCGAGCUGUUCUUUCAUCCGCCACCGCUCAUUUCUGGAGCAGAUGAACGGAUUCGCUCCGAAUUUUCACGCUUUACGAGGCACGGGAGAGCCAUGCGCUCGAGACAGGCGCUCUGUGGACAUUCAAGCGCGUUUUCCGUGUAAAGUCACCGCCGCUCGCCGACGCUCGGUGUGUUUGAGAGACUUGCGCGGAUUUGAGGGCUCGAUCCGCUCGUGCAGCACCGAGAGCGGACCGGAGAGACGGAGUGUCCGGUCCCAUGUUGCAGCCGAACCAGCACGACCAUGCCCGCUCAAAAGAUCCGGUGAAAUACGGCGAACUGGUGAUUCUCGGGUAUAAUGGCUCGCUGCCCGGAGGAGACCGCGGUCGCAAGAGAAGCCGCUUUGCUCUUUACAGGAGGGCGAAAGCUAACGGCGUCAAGCCGAGCGCCGUGCACAUCCUCAGCAACCCUCACGACAGCAAGGCGGUUAACAGCAGGGGGCAGCACAGCAUCUCCUUCACCCUCUCCAGGAACCAGACCGUGGUGGUGGAGUAUUGCCAUGACAACGACACCGACAUGUUCCAGAUCGGUCGCUCCACCGAGAGCCCCAUAGAUUUCGUGGUGACAGACACACCAGGAGGAUCCAAGGAGAGCGAGGACUCGUCGGCGGCGCCCAGCACCAUCUCACGCUUCGCCUGCAGGAUCGUCUGCGACCGAAACCCUCCGUACACGGCCCGCAUCUACGCCGCCGGCUUCGACUCCUCCAAAAACAUCUUCCUUGGGGAGAAGGCGACGAAAUGGAAGAAUCCGGACGGUCACAUGGACGGACUGACGACCAACGGCGUCCUGGUGAUGCAUCCUGUGGGUUUCCCUGAAGAGCCCAAGCAGGGCGCGUGGAGAGAGAUCUCGGUGUGCGGAGACGUCUACGCUCUCAGAGAGACCCGAUCCGGGCCCAUCCGCGGACAGCUGGCGCAGGGCGAGAGCAGCGCGCUGCAGGACGGCUCUCUGGUGGAUCUGUGCGGGGCGACGCUGCUGUGGCGCACGGCUGACGGCCUGCUCAAAGCGCCCACCCUGCGGCACCUGGACGCCCUGCGUCUGGAGCUGAACGCGGCGCGGCCGCAGUGUCCCGUGGGCCUGAGCACGCUGGCCUUCCCCAGCCUCCCGCGCAGCCACAGCCUGGAGGAGCGCCAGCCGUGGGCCUACCUCUCCUGCGGACACGUCCACGGCCGGCACGACUGGGGCCAGCGGCCCGAACGCCACCGCGAGCGCGAGGAAGGGGCCUGCGGCGGGACGGGCGGCCGGCGGGAGUGUCCGCUCUGCCGGACCGUGGGGCCGUACGUCCCGCUGUGGCUGGGCUGCGAGCCGGCCUUCUACGUGGACGCGGGCGCGCCGACUCACGCCUUCGUUCCCUGCGGUCACGUGUGCUCGGAGAAGACGGCCAGGUACUGGGCCGAGACGCCGCUGCCUCACGGGACGCACGCUUUCAGACCCACGUGCCCGUUCUGCUCCGCUCCUCUGGCCGGCGUCCCCGGGUUCACGCGCCUCAUCUUCCAGGGCCCCAUCGAUUGAUGAGGGGGCCGAACGAGGGGACGAAAGGCCUCGGGAGUCUCGCGACGGGCCGUGUUAGAAACUUCAACACCGUAGGUGUGAAUGAUGCUGCCUUCAAGUCACAUCGGUGUCACGUUUAAGUGCCAACUUGAUGAGUUAAGGCCGUGUCAAAUAAUGAGCAGAACUAAAGUCAAAGUUCAGGCAAAGUGUGUCCCCUGGAGCACAAAACCAGUCGUAAGUGUCCAUUUUUUGAAAUUGAGAUUUAUGCAUCAGCUGAAAGCUGAAUAAAUAGGCUUUUCAUUGAUAUAUGCACUUAAUAUUUGUCGGAGAUACAACUAUGUGAAAAUCUGGAAUCUGAGGGUACAAAAAACCCCCAAAACAUUAAGAAAAUCACCUUUAAAGUUCUCCAAAUGGAAGUUCUUAACAAUGCAUAUUACUAAUUAAAAGGUUUUGAUAUGUUUACAGUAGGGAAUUUACAAAAUAUCUUCAUGGAACAUGAUGAUUAAUGAUUUUUGACAUAAAAGAAAAAUUGGUCAUUUUGACCCAUACAAUGUAUUGUUGGCUAUUGCUACAAAUAUACCCGUGAUACUUAACGCUGGUUUUGUGCUCCAGGGUCACAAAUCAUCAUUCUAGAACAUUAAAGAAAUAUUUCAAAGAAUGUUUGGAAUUGUUGCUGGUAGCCAUUGACUUCCAUAGUAUGCAGGGCUCUACACUUACUUUCCUUUUUAAAAAAAGGUAAAAAAUUUUGUAGCACAGUCAAAAUGUCAGGAGCACCUUCUAAUUAUUAAUCAAAAAUUCUGAUCAAAAAUUAGCCUGUCCAUUAUGAGAUGAUAUUUGACUCCUUAAAGUGAUUUACAAGGGGUUUUUUUUGUUUUUACCUUUGUAAUGCCAUUUUUCUAACUGUCAUCUUUUAUGUCAAAUGUUUUAAAAAAGUAUAUUUUAUAGGCUUUUUAAAGUAUCUAAUUAAAACAACAGACUAUGAACAUGUAGUAUAAGUUACUUAUCAACUGAAAUCAGUAUUAACAAAUGAAUUAGUACUACAGAGGUGCACAGAAGAACACAAAAGUGUCUUGUAGGUGUAUUUUCAUGUUUAAUGAGGCUCAGAGGGGCAUGAGUGCAAUCAGAUUCAUAAACUCAUGUUGAGAUUAAUGUUUGAAAUAUAAAAAUUUGAAUAUAGAAAUAUUAAAUGAUUUAAAUAAAUGAAAAGAGACUUUAAAAAUGAAACUAAAUCUGCCAGUAGGUGGCGGCAAGUCACUGAUUUAAUUACUGAAUCAUUCAUUCAUUUGAUUCAUUCGAACGGCUGAUUCAUUCAGGAAUAAAGCAAGUGAGUGUCUUUAUGAAUGAGUCAUUGAAUCAUUGACUCACUAGAUUCGUUUAAAAACACACGUUGGUUCAUAAAGGAAACAGCGCUGUGUUUGAAUGGAGAUGUGCAGCGGCUCAGCUGUGACUUGUUUCAAACUAUUUUUGACAAUGAAAUAGAGCAAAAUCAGGCAAUAGUGUUACAGUCAGACAGUGUAAGUCACUUCAUAUUAACUUCCUGUUUAUUGAACUGUUGAAUUAAAUCAAUAUCUCAUUUACAAACUCCAUCAAUAAUCAUUAAAGCUGUCGCUCAUCUUAGUUCAUCACGAUCUCACAAAGUUCCAUUAUAAUAACUGAAUCUCUCUACACUGCACAAUCAGUCUCUUAUUUACACUUUGUUUAUGAGAGGAUUGGUGAGAAAUGUCUGUGAUUCAUUAAACUCAAAAACUCCCCUCAGCGCAAACACAAAUAAGCUGAUGGGGUCAGUCGCACUGAUGCUCCUAAAUAUUAUUUCAUAGUCGCACACACUGUAGAGCCCUGAUAUGGAAGAAAAAUAUGGAAGUCAGUGGCUGCCGGCAACUAUUUGAUUACCAACAUUCUUCAAAAUAUCUUCUUUUGUGCUCAAUAGAAGAAACAAACAAACAAACACAUGUCUGGAACAACUUGAGGAGAGUAAAUGAUGACACAAUUUUAACUAGGUUUUCAGUAGCUUGGCAGUAAUUGCAAUGUUUACUUUUCUACUAACAAGCUAAUUUUGCCAAAAAUAUGCGUUUUAAAGCUCCUGAAGUGUACUCUCUCAUAAAUAGUGUUGAUUCAUUUUAGUGAAUCGGUUCAAAAAAUGAUUCACCGGAGGCAUUUUAUGCCUUGCUUUUUUAUAACAAAAGUUUUCAUUAAAAUGCUGCUAUUUAUAGCUGUUUUCUGGCUAUAGAAAAUAACAUUCAGCUUACUUUUUUAGUUUCAUUUAUCAAGGACGCAUUAACUUGAUCAAAAGUGACAUUUAUUAAUGUUACAAAUAAAUGCUGUACUUUUGAACUUUGUUUUUACAAAAACAUUAAUUGUUUGCAACAUUGAUAAUCAUAAAUGUUUGUUGAGCAGCGAAUCAGCAUAUUAGAAUGAUUUCUGAAGGAUCAUGUGACACUGAAGACUGGAGUAAUGAUGCUGAAAAUCACAGAAAUAAAUUACAGUUUAACAGAUAUUCACAUAGAAAUCAGAAAUCUGUUUUAAAUUAGAAUAAUAUUUCACAUUUUUCCAGUAUUUUUGAUCAAAUAAAUGCUGCCUUGGUGAGCAGAAGAGACUGUAAUCAAUCAUGCUGAAUGCUAGUGUAUAGUGUGGGGAAUCAUAAGCUCGUCCUGUUCUAUUCUCUUUAUUUUGUUGCACUAGUGCUAAAAGCUUUCAGCGUUUAUCAGGAAUGAAUGCAUUAGGCCAGUGCGUCGUUCAGACCAGAAUCACUAGUAAUUGUGGUUUCUGUGUAUCAGCAGCACUUGAAGGCAGCAUUGGUUUGUAACACAGUCCAGAGCUCGUCUGCUGAAGGUCCCCGAUUCCAGUCAGAAACCACCGAAACGGGACCAAAGCGAAGUAGAUUUGAGAUUCCCGGCCCCUUUCGCCCCUCUACGGCCUUCAGCGCUCCCUCAGUGCAUAGACCGAACCUCAACAUCUCACACAGCACACACUAGAAAAUACAAAAUCCUUUAUUAAAACCUUGUUUUCAGCAAUAAACACUAGAAUGAAGCUACUAGAAGUUCACCGGAGAGAUGCAAGCGGUUCGAGCCGUGUACUUCCCUUCCUUUAGCUCAAACAUGGCUGAACCUGGCCUUCACGUCAAGGGCCCCGGCCCUCGUGAUUCGGUUCGUUUUGUUGUUUUCCUUUGUUUUUAGAUUCUUCUUCUGAUUGUUUUAGCAUUUAAUGACAGUAGUAGCUGCAGUAUAUGUCGUUUGAAAUUGUCAAGAUGUCAUAUUUUUCUACAUGACUGUGUUACUAAACUUUUGACUUGAGGUCAGAUUGUUUUAUAUACAAGUGUUUCACAUAUAGCAGUAUAUAGAUUAUAUAUAACUAUAUAUAUAUAUAUAUAUGAAUAUAUAUUAUUUUCUGUACAUGAUAUGAUUUGAGUCCAGGAGAGCUUGCUGAAGACAGAACGCCUCACUGUGCCGCUCCGACGCGACAUCCGACCACGAGCGCUCGAUCCGUAUGAUGAAUGUACGGCGCUUACUCACCGUCUCCGAUCUCCCUGGUGCUAUCGACGAUUUCAAACGCUGAUUUUAAUUGCGAUUCUUUUGCGCUGAACUUCACUGCACUCCUGGAAAAUCUUUGAUUGUUUCGCUUCUAAAAGGCUGGUAGCGCUUUAUGAUAACUCUCAUCACAAACAAACACUUUAUGAUGCGCUUAUACAUUCGCUAAAUGAUCUGUGAUGCAUAUUAGUGCACUGUUAAAAAUGACUGUCGUAGUUGGCUUUCACAUCUUUUAAAGGAAUAGUUUAUCAAAAAAUUAACGUGUCUGAAAAAAUGAAAGCUCUAGAUGAGUUUGUUUGUUCAUCAGAUUUGUAUAAAUGUGUCAUUGCAUCACCGGCUCACCAACGGAUGUGAAUGGGUGCCUUCAGAAUGUCUAAACAGCUGAUAAAAACAUCACAAUAAUCCACAAUUAAUCCACACCACUCCAGUCCAUCAGUUAACCAGGGUUCCUACAAGGUGCUUAAAGUACUUGAAUUUGACUUCACACAAUUAAAACACACCUUUUUUGCCUAUUUCAGUUAAUGUCUUAAAACUAUUGCGCUGAUGGAAGUCUAUGAAAAUCAGAUGAACCAAAUCAACUGAGUGAGUCAUUUAAGCUGGAACUUCUCUGAUUGAUUCAAACUCCUGACUUUAUCAUUCAGUUCAAGCGAUUCAGUAGUAAAAACCAGACCAAAUUAAAAGCAGCAUUCAUUUUCAAAUUUCAACAUCGCUUGUAAUGAUUUUAAAAACAUAAAAAAUAAAAAAAAACAUUGCGUUGCAACAUUGUUCACUGUUUCAAAUUGCUGCAAUUGGAUCGUCUGAUCAUCAAAUCAUUUGAUUCAGAUGGGGACUUCAGAGCACGAAUCAUUUGAUUUAGAUCUGAACUUGUUUGUGAAUCUUUUGCUUUAGAUCAGAACCUAGGAGCGUGAAUCAUGGAUCAUUUGAUUUAGAUUGGAACUUCAGAGCGGGUUCUUGAAUCAUUCUGCGAAUUAAAUAAUUUGUGAUUCAUGAACCGUGCUCCGAGUCCCGAUCUGAAAUGAUGAUUCGCUAAUUAUUAUUUAGAUCAGGACUUCAGAGCGCAAAUCGCUAAUCGUUUGAUUCAGAUCAGACUUCAAAUCUUGUAUUGUAAAUCAUUUGAUUUAGUUCAGGUCUUCGGAGCAGGUUUGCGAAUCUCAAGUUGUAUAUCGCGAAUCAUUUGAUUCAGAUCUGGACUUCAGAGAGUGUAUCAUGAAUCAUUUAAUUUAGAUCUGAACUUGUUUGCGAAUCUUUUGCUUUAGAUCAGAACCUAGGAGUUUGAAUUGUGAAUCAUUUGAUUUAGAUCGGAAUUCAGAGCGGGUUCUUGAAUCAUUCUGUGAAUUGAAUCAUUUAUGAUUCACAAACCACGCUUUGAGUCCUGAUCUGAAAUGAUGAUUCACUAAUUAUUAUUUAGAUCAGGACUUCGGAGUUCAAAACGCUAAUCGUUUGAUUUAGAUCAGACUUCAAAUCGUGAUCGUGAAUCAUUUAACUUAAAAUCAUGAAUCAUUUGAUUUAGUUCAGGACUUCGGAACGGGUUCGCAAAUCUCAAGUUGCAUAUUGCGAAUCAUUUGAUUCAGUUACGGACUUUAGAGCAUGUAUCACAAAUCAUUUGAUUUACAUUUUAACUUGUUUGCGAAUCUUUUGCUUUAGAUCGGAACCUAGGAAUGUGAAUCGUGAAUCAUUUCAUUAAGAUAGUAACUUCAGAGCGGGUUCUUGAAUCAUUUUGCGAAUUGAAUCAUUCACAAUUCACAAACUGCACUCCAAAUCCUGAUCUGAAAUUAUCAUUAUUGAAAUGAAUCAUUAUUUAGAUUCGGACUUUGCAAAUCAUUUGAUUUAGUUCAGGACUUCAGAGCAGGUUCGCGAAUCUCAAGUUGCAUAUCGCGAAUCAUUUGAUUUGAUCUGAACUUGUUUGUGAAUCUUUUGCUUUAGAUCGGAACCUCAGAGCGGGUUCUUGAAUCAUUCUGCAAAUUGAAUAAUUUGCGAUUCACGAACCGCGCUCCGAGUCCUGAUCUGAAAUGAUGAUUCGCUAAUUAUUAUUCAGAUUUCAUUUCAUUUAUUUAGAGUUCAAAUCGCUAAUCGUUUGAUUCAGAUCAGACUUCAAAUCAUGAUCAUGAGUCAUUUUGACUUCAAAUCGUGAAUCAUUUGAUUUAGUUCAGGACUUCAGAGCAUGUAUCACAAAUCAUCUGAUUUACAUUUGAACUUGUUUGCGAAUCUUUUGCUUUAGAUCGGAACCUAGGAGAGCGAAUCGCAAAUCAUUUGAUUCAGAACGGGCUUCAAAUCUCGUAUCACGAAUCAUUUAAUUUAGUUCAGGACUUCGGAGAGUGUUUCUCGAAUCAUUUGAUUUAGAUCAGAACUUGUUUUCGAAUCUUUUGCUUUAGACCGGAACCUAGGAGCAUGAAUGGUAAAAAUUGGGAAAAGUAGUCUGGUCUGAAUCAGGAGAGAAAUCUGCACAAAGAGACAAAACGGCUCUAAACAAAUAUGUGACUGGAUUUUGAGAUGUGAACUGAUGGACUGGAGUGGUGUGGAUUACUUGUGGAUUAUUGUGAUGUUUUUAUCAGCUGUUUGGACUCUCAUUCUGACGGCACCCAUUCACAUCCAUUGGUGAGCCAGUGAAUGACACAUUUCUACAAACUUGAUGAACAAACAAACUCAUCCUAAUCUUGUAUGAUCUGAGGGUGAGCAGAUUAACUCUAGUGUAAAAAUGUUGUUGAUGAAAGUUAUUUCUAUAAAGCGCUGCCAGAAAAAUGACACGGACUGGUAUGUUGAUGACUAAUCGUUACACGUAUGCCUGCACACCUCGCACUGUGCAUCUCUGAGCAUUAUAAGCUAAGCGCUUGACAAAGCUUUGUAUUGCAGGGUUUAGAGACAGAAUAGCUCUACUUUACCUCACAAGCUAUAGAAGAGACCUCAGUUUAUGACCGUAUUUUUUUAACAGGCCGACAAAGCGACCAUAAGCCGUUCGGAUUAUUUUCCGCUCGUUGUAAAUCGUCGCGUUCCCUUCACGUUACGAGACGCGACACGUGCUUGAUUGUUCGUUUUCUAGGACGCUCAAAUCUCUGUACAUUAAUGCAGUAGAUUACCUAAAAAUGAACGACGCAUCUGAACCUUUAUGUGGUUCGGUUUUGUUUGAAAUGCAGCUCUUUCCAUGCAAAGACAGAAAUGUGUUCUUAAAACAUAGAAAGAAAUCCAUAUGCACUAUAUUGUAAGUUGUAUGAUGCUUUAAGUCACUAUGCACUGAAUCUUCGUCACAAAUCAUGUUCAUAUUAAAAAUGCUGCAUUGGUGCGUCGCACCACGUUUAACGUCAUUAACACUAAAAAUGCCGCCGAUUCUAACCGUCGGCGCAUGGAGAGGAGCUGCGUGAAGACGUGACGGUGAUGUUUUCAUCUUUAGGUGAUCUGCUGCUUUACUCUGGACAUGCUGCUUCCCUCCAACUAGUUCUCUGAGACUGAGAAACGGGUCAUCGAACGUCUCCGUGUUACUGACAUCGCAACCUGCGCUUCGCACGGAGAACCCGUGGCGUUUUGUAGCAGAAAAUCCAACUCUGUGUUAGAGCCGGACAGUUUCUACGUCUUCCAAACGAGCUCCAGUAAAUGCUGUUCCACUCCCAUUCUCGACCUGGCGACGGGUCAGCUCAGGUUUACACUAGUCGAAGUUUACAAGCGUCGUUAGCAGGGUUAGGACCGUCGAACGUGUGCCUGCAUCGCCGUCCACAGGGUUUUUCUCUCUCAGAGGUCAGCGGGAAUGGCAUUUCCAGCACAAACCUGUAUUCGUUCAGUUUUUGGUGUGUUUCCGUAAACGGCAGACGGGAUCGGUCGUGUUCAUCCUGAGGGACCGUAGUGCUUUGUAGGACUUUUGUAUGACGUAGUCCCACACUGGAUGGCGUGAAAAACUCUUGAUCGUUCAACUGUUUCGAUUGUUGUCGGUUUUGUUCCUUUCGAAUGAGAUGUGAAGAUGCUGCACCUUGUGUUUGACCCACUGAAUAAAGCCUCGAUCUCAGACAAGAGUCCUGACCUUUGACCUUACCACUGCCACAAUGCACUUAAACCUGUACGACCGGACGCUUUCUCACAGCGCACCGGUCCAAACUGAUGCUUAAACCCAAGGUGCACUGACAAUCACAAAUCAUGACAUGAAUAAAAGUGAUCUUUGCAUACA